AUGAAUAUUUAUCAAGAUAAAAUAAAUGAUAUUGUACAAGGUGUUUAUCUUGUUCGAUCAUGUAAUAAUCAAUAUGUUCGAAUAAGUAAAUUAACUGAUGAUUAUUUAAAUACAACUGGAAUUAUAAGUCAAAUUAAUGAAACAAGAGAAGGACAUGCCAUUUUUUAUAGAAAUAAUCGUUAUUAUAUGAUGACAAGUCAUUUAACUGGAUGGAGUUCAAAUCCAGCUGAACUUUUUAUAACUAAUCAAAAUAAUUUAAAAAAUGCUAAAUGGUAUUCAUUAGUAAAUCCAACAAAUUCUUCAAUAACUUUUAAUUCUCAAUCAACAUUUGUUCUUUCAUUUCCUUGA